GUUGGAUUUCAGGAAGGCCGAAAACGGGGUUUUCAUGGAGGAAAAGGUGCUCGUGAGUGUGGAAAAAAGGCCCUAAAUCGCAUUUUCUGGCCGGAAAGGCAUCACAAAGGCGCCCUUAGAGGUCGCAAAAGGCACUGAAUUUCCCAGCGCAAGAAGUCAAAGUGCGUGCAAAUUGAGGUGCGAGAAAAACCUAGGAAAACAUGGACAGUCCGUGCGAGUCUGAGAGUUCCCUGGACGGAGUCAUGCUGCCGCCCAGCCCGGUUUCCCGGGAGCAACUGACGAAGCGGAUCGAGAGCCUGCAGCAGCAGAAUCGCGUGCUCAAGGUCGAGAUGGAGACGUACAAGAUCCGCGUGAAGGUGCUGCAGGAGGAGAACCGCGCCCUGCGCCAGGCUUCAGUCAUAAUUCAAGCGAAGGCGGAGCAGGAGGAGGAGUACAUCUCCAACACGCUGCUGAAGAAGAUCCAGGCGCUGAAGAAGGAAAAGGAGACGCUGGCGCACCACUAUGAGCGCGAGGAGGAGUGCCUGACGAACGACCUGUCGCGCAAGCUGGACCAGCUGCGCCAGGAGAAGUGCAAGCUGGAGCAGACGCUGGAGCAGGAGCAGGAGUGUCUGGUGAACAAGCUGAUGCGCAAGAUCGAGAAGCUAGAGGCCGAGACGCUGGCCAAGCAGACGAAUCUGGAGCAGUUGCGGCGCGAGAUGAUCGAGCUGGAGAAUACGCUGGAGCAGGAGCAGGAGGCGCUGGUGAACAAGCUGUGGAAGCGCAUGGACAAGCUGGAGGCAGAGAAGCGCUCGCUGCAGAUCAAGCUGGACCAGCCCGUGUCGGAUCCCACCAGCCCCAAGUACGAGGAGCUGUCGGCGGCCACGAACGGCGACACGGCCACGAAUCUCAGCUCGCACAUCCAGACGCUGCGCUCGGAGGUGAUUCGCCUGCGCGCCAAUCUGGCGGCGGCGCAGAAGGAGACGCAGGAGAAGAUGGCGCAGUUUGCGCAGGAGGAGCGCUGCAUUGGGCUGCGCGAGGAGAACCUGCGCCUGCAGCGCAAGCUGCAACUGGAGGUGGAGCGCCGCGAGGCGCUGUGUCGCCACUUGUCGGAGUCCGAGUCGUCGCUGGAGAUGGAGGAGGAGCAGCGCCUGGGCGAGGGCGGUCUGCUGGCCGGCAUGCACCACCGCCAGCGCACCACCAGCAGCCCCGUGCCGUACAGCCCGUCGAGCAGCCGUCCGCUGAGCCCGGGCACGGCCAGCCGCCACUGCGUCUCCUGCGGACAACUGCUGGUGCCUCCAUCGUCCACUCCUUUGGCCAAUGUUUUCCAUCCUAUUGUUUCAGCACCCAUUUCUGGUCGCCGCACGAGCGAGAGAUUCAUCAAGCCAGCAAUUCCCACGCCGUCGCUCGCCGGCGUCUCCAGCAGCGCCGCCAUGGCGUCCGCGGCGGCCACGCUGACGGUCAGCAACCCGCCGGCCGGCGGCCAAGCGGCCAACUCUCCGCAGCAAGCGGCGAGCGUCUCGUUUCCGGGCAGCAACAGCGCGUUCAUCCAGCCGGCGAGUCCGAUGGACACGUCCGUGUGCAAGGACUAAGCGUCUUCCUGCCAACGCGCAUGAUUUUACCUUUGCAUUUACGAGCGGCGAGUUAAGUUUACUCGGAGAGGAGUUUGUUUUGCAUAACACUUUCAUCACUUUGCGAGAGACUCGACGAAUUAUUCCUUUUGAGCAUCGCUUUGCUGUUCGCCAAUGAGUCGCGGGGGCAAUGAGUGGAUUUUGGAACGCGCGAACGAGGAUGAAUAUAUAUGCAUAUAUAUUGAAGUUCUUUUUUAGCAUACAAAGACACGUUAAAUGUAAGAUUGGAGAAAGGAAUAGAAUUUAGGAGAUUUAAGCUGAGAAUUGUUCUAAUCGUGCACAGUUUUAUGCGAUUUUCAAGUCACAUUUAUUUUGCCUUCUGUGCUAUUCUUACGUAUUCAUAUAGAAUGUACCUACUUUUAUCACCUUUUCUGGGUUUUUGGGAAACCGCUAAGGUUCUUUAUGACUUAUUAUAGCUUCCUCCUGAAUUGGGGAGAUCCAUGGAAAUCAUUUCAUUAUUAUAUCGCGUGUGUGUGUAAAUAGGAAGAAGUGGAGAGAAGACGAAAGUCACUAAAAAAAUACAUGAAAAGUCGUUUAACAAUUAAGAUAGUUGCAAGAAUUGACCGUUUCUUUUAGAGAACUAUUUUGGAAGAAGAAAGAAAAAUUUCAAUGCGAACUUUUGCCAAAAAAAAUGAAGAAAAAUUUAAUGAAUGUCACACAAUUUCAAAGAAAGAGAAAAAAUUCAAAAGAACAUAUUUGCCUUAAUGUGCUUAGAUGUGUAAGGAUAAGAAAAAAAAAUCUCUAGGAAUAUCAAGUAAAAUAAUCAAGAGAGGAUGAAAGAAACUAUUUUAGGUGUUUAACUUUUUCGAGAGGCGGCGAGAGAAAGGAGUGUAAAAUUGGUGGAUUAAUGUCCGGAAAGAGCAGAUAAGUCUCGUUCUUAUAGUCUAUUCCAAGUGUAGAGUGAAGAGAUGAAAUUAAGGAUGAAAAUUAUUAACACAAUUAAUGUGAUGAAUUAACAUGAUAUAAAUAAAUUUAGCUUUUUUUCUAGAAA